CCUUUACACAAAUUAGACAAAAUCUUCAAGAGAGAAAAAAAAAGGAAGAAAAAUUUCAAUAGUAGCCUAUAUUUAUUUAUUUUUAAAAAAUGGCUCUUGAAACUGUUGUUUUCCAACAAGAUCCUUUCAAUUAUAGCCACAAAGAUUGUAAUUUUUACAAUCUUGAAACUUUUCAUGAUUAUGGUAAUUUUGGCUAUGAGGGGUAUAAUUGGGAUUCUUCUAAUUCUUCAAUUCCACAAACUUACAACGACGACGAUAACAACAACAAUAACAAUAAUAAUUCUUCACCGGAUAAAUAUUUUCCGGUGGAAAGUACGGUGGUUUCAGGGCGGAGAAAAAGGCGGCGGACAAAAUGCGCGAAAAACGAGGAAGAAAUACAUAAUCAAAGGAUGACUCACAUUGCCGUCGAGAGAAAUCGUCGACGGCAAAUGAACGAUUACCUCGCUGUACUCCGGUCGUUAAUGCCGCCGUCUUACGCUCAACGGGGUGACCAAGCAUCAAUUGUUGGAGGGGCAAUUAAUUUUGUUAAAGAACUUGAACAACUCCUCCAAUUUUUGGAAGCACAUAAACAAGUCAUAACAACAAACCAACAACAUAUUCAGUAUAGUCCGUUCUCUAAAUUCUUCACGUUCCCUCAAUAUUCCACCGGUAACAACAAUCACCCGUUGACGGCCGCCACCAACAAUGAGGGGUCAACGACGGAGGAGAGGCGG